AUGUAUAAAGUGCGCAGUAGCACCCAGAUCCUAGGUAUAUUCAGCAUCAACUUUUGUCUUUUCUCAACUCCCUUCUUUUUCAUCUAGUUGGACCUAUGCUGCAGAUGCGUUCUUUUCUUCUCGUGGCACCAGCCAUUGCAGGUGCUGUCCCCUUUCAGACCAGUCCAGCCUGCAAGUUGACACCUCACGAUUCCUCGUGGCCAUCCGCCGACGACUGGGCAUCACUUAACACCACAAUUGGUGGAUCGCUCAUUCAUUCACUUCCUGCAGCAUCAUCAUGUUGGUCCGGCAACCCUUACAGUUCAUCCAUCUCUUGUGAGACAGCAACCGACAAAUGGUCCAACGGUACCUGGCACUCUCAGCAACCAGAGUCAAUCGACUAUCAGAUCUACGCGAACAACACCUGCCUUCCAAAAGGCGCCUCUGGCUGGGUAGCCGAAAGGGGCUGCAGUAACGAUGCGUUCCCGCAAUACAUUGUCAACGCGACUGAAGCAGUCCACGUGGCUUAUGCGAUGAAGUGGGCUUCUGAUCGUCACAUUCGUGUGGUGGUGAAAGGCACUGGCCACGAUCUGAAUGGAAGAUCCAGCGGUGCAUACGCACUCGCCAUCUGGACGCGCUAUUUCAACAGUAUUGAUCGUGUUCAAAGCUGGACGCCUUCGAAUAGCACCAACGCAACAGCUGAAGACGCUUUUAUUGUCGGCAGUGGCCAGCAGUGGGGCAAUGUGCUCAAAUUUGCCUUGAAUCAGGGACGAUUCGUGACUACCGGACAAGACCCAAGUGUCGGACUUGGUGGCUAUAUCCAGGGUGGAGGACAUGGGCCGCUAUCUCGUACAUAUGGCCUGGCAUCGAACCAAGUCCUUCAGAUGACUGUUGCUACUGCGACUGGAGAUGUUCUCAUUACCAAUGCUGAGCAGAAUCAGGAUCUUUUCUGGGCUCUUCGCGGCGGUGGUGCAGGACAGUACGGCGUCGUCACCGAAUAUGUCAUCAAGCACUACCCAGCACCUAGCAAUGUUGUCUUCGGAAGCUUCACGAUCAAGCCGCGUUAUAACACCAAUGCUAGCCACGAAAACUCUUGGGCAACGAUAGCAGCAUACUUCAGCCAUCUGCCGGACCUGAUGGAUGCGCAACUUGCAGGUGCAGCAACUGUGGCGAGCGGUACCAGCGCAGCGAAGUUCUUCCCUGAUCUUGCUUCACAACAGCCGUUCAACGGUCUCGCUCUGAACCAAGUCUUUUGGGCGUUCAACACUACACCAGAGGCACUGGAGGCACUUGUACAACCCGUAAUUGAGGAGCUUAACCCUGGUAACAGCACCAACAGCUCGGUGGCAAUUUCAUUGAGCGUCUCUACCUUCAAUGACUAUAAGUCCUUCUACUCCGCCAUCUCGGGAGACAAUGUAGCUGGUGGUGAAAGCGUAACGUCUUCUCGACUGCUUGGGCGCCGCGAGCUUCUCGAUACACCACAGUCGGAUGUGGUUAAAUAUCUGAAGAUUGCCAUGGCCAAUCAAGACGCAACACAAGGAACCUUUGCCACGAUUGGUCUGCAGGGUGGCCCUGGAGUCCGCGAUCAACCCGAGCAACGUUGGGGUGCGCUGCUUCCUGCAUGGCGCUCAGCCUAUCUGCACUUCAUCGCUACCGGUGCGAUCGUGGACUCUGUCGCUGCCGGAAGCCCUAAGAAAGCGCUUGAUGCUGCAGCAAAGUACUACGAGGAGGUCAAGGAGCCGAUGUGGAGGGAGUGGGCGCCAGACAGUGGUGCGUAUAUGAACGAGGCCAAUCCGUACAAUAAGGACUUUGCAAAGGACUUCUAUGGCAAAGGCUACGAGAAGCUGAAGAGCAUCAAGGCAAAGUACGAUCCAGCGGAGAGUCUGUUCGUCCUGGCGGGUGUUGGCAGUGAUGGGUGGAAUUACGAUCUUGACACUGGCAAACUGUGCCGUACUUGAGUGCCGCAACUUUUGCAUAGACAAAGUCGUACGCACGCUGUGAGAAGAAUUG